CCUUAAAAAGUGUUCACUUUUUCAUGUUAUAAGCCAUGUCUGAAGUAAGAAACUUAUUUUCUUUCCUUAUUUUCUUUCUCAUUAUUGCCUUAAACUUCACUAAUGGAUUAGCCAUUGAUCAUAAGUCUGAUGCUAAUAUUGCAUUAAUCCCACACAAGGAAGAAAUAAAAUGGUUGCAUUGGCCAUUUGCACAAGCACCACCACCUCCUUCAUCUUUUUUUCCUAAGUUUCCAUUCAUAAGAAUAUUUCCCUGGCCGCGGUUUUUGCCACCUAAGCCUUUUUCACCUAGUGAAAAAAGCGUCAGUGACAUAAGCAUGGACAACAGUCAGAACGUGCUGGAAAAGAAAUAUUGUGCUUUAAUUAUUGAGGCGUGUAUGCUUGAGAGGACUACAUUUUGCGUUCGCCAUAGCUGUACCUUCUCCUCUGAUUGUUGUACAUCCAUUAAUACUGAAUUUGGUCCUGAGGAAUGUAACCAGUAUGAAUUUGCCAUGAUAAAAAAUCAGUGUGAAAACCAAGAUGCUGCUCCUCCUACAACUUAAGGUAACUUUGUGGAAUAUUAAGGGGGUGUAUGUACACGUGUGUGUUCAUAUAGCCGACUCUAACUUAUUUGGGACUGGGACAUAGUUGGUAUUGUUAUUGUUUUAUGUAUGUGUGUAUUCAUAUAGUCGACCCCAAUUUAUUUGGGAUUGAUAUGUAAUUGGUGUUUGUUGUAUGUAUGUGUGUGUAUUUUUAUGAGAAUAAAUUAAUGAAGUGAUUUGCUUACUGGUUAUCAAA